ACAGUGAGCACAGUGUGCAACGAUGCUGUGUUAGCAAAAUCGACUACUCUAAACAAAUUUAUCGGUCGUUUCUUGUGGAAAAAUGAAAUUGUACUGUUUGUCAGGUCAUCCCACAUUGCCUUGCAAUGUCCUCAAGUUCAAAUCAACCACCAUCAUGUUGGACUGUGGACUGGACACCACCUCAGUCCUCAAUUUCCUGCCUCUUCCUCUUGUGCACAGCCCAAGACUCUCCAAGUUACCUGGAUGGGUCUCUAAGGAUGGGACAAUAAACUUGGAAAAGGAGCUAAAGGAGUGUGCAGGAAGGGUGUUUGUGGAUUCACAGCCAGAGUUCUGUCUCCCUGAGAGAGAACUGCUGGACCUGUCUAACAUUGAUGUCAUCCUCAUCUCCAACUACCACUGUAUGAUGGCCCUGCCCUACAUCACUGAGCACACAGGCUUCACUGGGACCGUGUACGCCACAGAGCCCACCCUGCAGAUCGGGAGACUGCUGAUGGAGGAGGUGGUGAAUUUCAUGGAGAGAGUUCCCAAGGCUCAGUCUGCCACCUGCUGGAAGAAUAAGGAAAUACAAAGGAUGCUUCCUGGGCCACUGAAGGAUGCAGUGGAUGUGUGGACGUGGAAGCGAUGCUACAGUAUGCAGGAGGUCAACUCUGCCCUCAGCAAAGUGCAGCUUGUGGGUUAUUCACAGAAAGUGGAGUUGUUUGGAGCUGUUCAGAUCUCACCACUGAGCUCUGGCUACUCAUUGGGCAGCUCCAACUGGAUCAUUCAGUCACAUCACGAGAAAGUGUCCUACGUGUCGGGUUCGUCCCUCCUCACCACACAUCCACAGCCAAUGGACCAGAGUUCCCUGAAGAACAGCGAUGUUCUGAUUCUGACGGGCCUCACGCAGAUGCCCACCGCCAACCCAGACGGCAUGCUGGGAGAAUUCUGCAGUAACCUGGCUAUGACCAUCCGGGCCGGAGGCAACGUGCUGGUGCCCUGCUACUCCUCAGGCGUGAUCUACGACCUGCUGGAGUGUCUGUACCAGUUCAUUGAGAGCGCCAACCUGGGGACCACGCCCUUCUACUUCAUCUCACCUGUAGCCAACAGCUCCCUGGAGUUCUCUCAGAUCUUUGCUGAGUGGCUCUGUCAUAACAAGCAGUCAAAGGUGUAUCUUCCAGAGCCUCCGUUCCCACAUGCAGAGCUGAUCCAGACCAACAAGCUGAAGCACUACCCCAGCAUUCACGGAGACUUCAGCAGCGAGUUCCGUCAGCCCUGCGUGGUUUUCACCGGCCACCCUUCUCUGCGCUUUGGCGACGUGGUUCACUUCAUGGAGCUGUGGGGCAAAUCCGGCCUCAACACCAUCAUCUUUACCGAGCCAGACUUCUCCUACCUGGAUGCGCUGGCUCCCUACCAGCCGUUAGCCAUGAAGUGUGUUUACUGUCCCAUCGACACACGACUCAACUUCCAUCAAGUGUCAAAACUGCUCAAAGAAGUCCAGCCCCUCCAUGUGGUGUGUCCAGAGCAGUACACUCAGCCUCCUCUGACCCAGUCCCACCGCUCUGACCUGAUGCUGGAGCUGCAGCCUCCUCCGAUGCCCUACAGACGCUGCUCCGUGCUCAACCUGCCCUUCAGACGUCGCUACGAACGCGUCUACAUUAUGCCAGAGCUGGCGAACUCCCUCGUGCCCUCCGAAAUUAAGCCCGGCAUCUCCGUGGCAACCGUGUCUGCAGUGGUGCACUCCAAGGACAACAAACACACUUUACAGUCGGUGCCCAAACCUCCUCCUGUGGCCCCCAGCAAGAAGAGGAAGCGUGUGAUGGAUGAGCCGCCAGUGGUGUUGGCCCCCAAACCCCUGCUGAGUGGAGCGGUGCCCCUGGAAGCUUUCCUGGCCACGUUGCAAAAGCAUGGUAUCACAGAAGUUAAAGUGGAGGAGACAGCAGACGGCCACAUUCUGCACCUGCAGGCGGAGGACACGCUGAUCCAGCUGGAGGAGGACGGGACGCACAUCGUCUGCGACAACAACGAGCCGCUGCGAACCACACUGAGAGACCUGGUGCUUCGCUUCCUGCAGAAACUCUGACCUCUGACCUCCUCAUGCCUCGUUUUUAACAGUACGAGGUGCGGUCAAAAACUUUUGAGACUGGGCCUUUAAAAAUACAAAACUGUACCCAAAUAUUCCACAGACCCUGUUGAAGUGUGCAGCAACACAACACUUCAAUGGAAAUCCUGUUACAUAAACAUGUUAAGCACUGUCUGCGAUCAGCGCUGAAUCUCCUAAACUGUUUCAAGACGCCAAUACUUUCACUUGGGGGAAGAGAAAGAAGUCACGAGGAGCCAAAUCUGGCAAGCAGGGUUGAUGUGGAGCAACCAUUGUAAUGUUGUGGCAUAAAAACCCAUGUGGAGCCGCUGCUUUGUGACCUGGCAAGUUGGAGCACCUACAUGCCACUGGUCCACAGUUCAGGUUAUUUGCACCAAUUGUUUUCCUACAGACACAUCGGGACUAAACAGUAGAGCUCUGCCUUGAUAGUCCGACCCUGGGGGACGAAUUCCUCGUGCAAAAAAACAUGAAUGUUGAAGAAAACCACCUUGCACUGUGGAAACUGAGGCUUUUCCACCGUAGAAACUGCUGUUUCUUCUCCUGAUGGUAGCUACGGACCCUCCUCAUCACCAGUGAUGAUCCUCCACAUGAUGCUGGAUCAGCUCAACUCCUGACUGAUGCUAAAUGUGUUAAGAAUUUACAGAAGCACACCUACCAGAGAUCACUAAAACAUGUCUAACACAGGCUGCUGCGACUGUUGAUAGCGUACCACAAACACUCCCAGAGCUUUUUGACCGCACCUCGUUUUUCUUCUUUACUGGAUUGUGGACAGCAGCAGAAGCUACAGGAGACGGGAAGGAUGUGAAGGAAGAGCCGAGUACUGAACUGUCGUAUUUAACACUGUAACAUUUACAGUAGUUUUACUGUUAGGUUUUAUUUGUACGAAGCAUACGCAGAUGUAUUAUUUUGUAUUUAAAAAAAGUUUUUGGAAAGUUCCUUGAGUGAGUCUUUCAUCGCUGCAGCUGUGUUGUGAGGGAGACUGAAAUCAUAGAAGUGUCAAAACUCAGUCAUGAGGCUGGGGAUUUACAAAAGGGGAAGAAGGAAAAGUAAUUUCACAUAAAAAAAAAUUAGUUUCAGUUCA